CAAAAAUCUGGCGGUGAAGUUGCCAACGGUUCGUCUUGAGACUUGACUUGAGAGAGGUCCUGAUGAGAGAGUGAGUCCUGAUUUAUGCUUCCUCCUGUCUGCCCAUUGCACUGUACUCGUAACAGAUCCUGGGUGUGAUAGCUGUUUCCUAACUCCACUCCACUGAUUUGGUGUAGACGGCACUGCUGAGCUUGCCUGUGGUAUGUUAACAGUUAGACUUUUCUUUCUUAAAAAUGUUUUACAAAUUAAGUUUACUUUACCAAUAUAUCCUUUGUGUUUUUUGUCUGUUUUUUGCCCCCCUCCCAGAUUUGAAUGUGGCAGUGUAAAGGUUGCAGUUCAAAGACCUCAACUAGAGGCCAGUUGCUUAAACAUUACAGAUUAAAACAUCCCCAUUAUGGGCGCAGGCACCCAUAUCCUUGUCCAUAUAGUAGUUGUCCAUGUACAUCUAAGUCAUGGAAUGCGCUCAGGUCACAUUUGUGUAGAGUCCAUACUAGAGAAACAUCACGGCAAACAUUGACAUCGGCGACAUUCAGCUGUCGUGUUUGUGGGUUCUCUGAAGUUGCCUCUGAAAAGGAGUAUUUCACUCAUAUAAAUUUGCAUCUCAAAGCCAAUGAAACAGUCCCCUGUAUGUUCAAGGGUUGUACAUUUAGGACAAAUAUUUAUGGGACAUUUAAAUCACAUAGAAAUAGAAAGCACCUUGGUUAUUCUUACAGUGACUUUAAACCUGCAAUAGUUACAGAAAGAGACAGUUUUGAAAGCUCAAGUGUUUCAGGUGAACAUGGAGACAAUGAAGAAUCAGAAGAAGCCCAGCUUGAAGUGCAGUCUAGUUUUCAGAGAGACUGCUCAGAAAAUCUUGAGAAGAUGAUAGAAGAGAAACUUGCAGCAGUGUUGCUUAAGCUGGAAAACAUACUCCAUGUUCCCAGUAAUGCAGUUGAUGAGCUUUUACAGGACUUGCACUUCCUAAUGAGUUCUGCAUCCCAGACUACAUUAAAUGCCAUUAUUUCAGAUUUUUGUACUAAGCAUAAUCUUGCUCUUGAUGCAAAAGAAACUGAGGAAUUGGCCUCUGCCUUCUGUCUUGCUAAUCCCUUGACCAAAGCAAUUGGAGAUCAGGGCCCACUUAGCACUGCUUUUAAGCGGAAACAGUAUUUCAAAGACAAGUUCCAAGUAGUUGAACCCGUUGAAUAUGUUUUGGAUAAGGAGCGCAACCAUACCUACCAAUAUGUGCCAUUAUUGCAGUCAUUGCAGCAGCUCCUUAGCAAAGAUGGUAUAGUUGAUGAUGUAGUAGAAAACUACAGUGCUCACCAAAAUGAAACUGCACAAGAAGAAUACAGGUCAUUUCGGGAUGGAGAGUUUUUCAGACAAAAUGAGUUCCUGUCUUCAGGGGAAUUGAGAAUAAGUGUGACCCUCUAUAUUGAUGAGUUUGAAGUGUGCAACCCUCUGGGCACUUCCAGAAAGAAGCAUAAACUUUGCGCAAUGUACUGGAUUUUGAGCAACUUACCCCAGGCCAGCACUCCUCUUUGUCAUCCAUCUACUUGGCAGUAUUGU